CUUGCCUCGCUUGCCUUGCCUCGCUUGCCUUGCCUCGCCUUGCCUCCGAUCUAUCACCGUUCUGUUACCAUGGAUUCCCGACUGCUGCUGGAUCUUGUCCCGUGCCCGUCCGCACAGGCUGUGCCUGGUCUCGAUGAAUUUGUCGUCGUGGCCUUCAACGACCUUGCCGGCACAUAUCGCUUGCUCCGGGAGAUCGACGAUCCCCAGGCAGUCCGGACAUAUGCCGCCGAAUACACCUGGUGCGGCUUUGAGGAGGUCGAGGGCCCCAUCCAAAUCACCACCGUCAGCAAGGGAUCGUCGAUCCAUGUCUCGCUGGUCUCGGUCUCCGCCAAGAUUGCUUCCGGAAAGGCACCGCACUUUGCAGUGUCGUUAGCUCGCUUCCUGCACAAGCACGGAGCCAAACGGGUGCUUGUCGUCGCUGCCGUCGAUGUUGCCUCGCAUCCGUCCAAGCCCCACUUUUUCUCGCUCAACGGAUAUCCUGCCGAAGCGAAUCUUCCUGUGCUCAAGACAAGCGCCGAUGUCAACGACCAUACUGCGCUGCACAUCGUCCAGGCGCUCGAGACACAGGGGCUCCAGGUCGGAGGCCUGAUUCUGCCGACGAAGCGCGAGCGGCCGUCUGCUCGCUAUGGAACGGAGGAGAUCCGCCAGUUCUCAGACUCGCUGUGUCAGCUUCUGGGGCUGUCGUUCUCCGCAGAGAGCGCCGCAGCCACGCCCGUCGUCCAGUCCAGCUACAGCACCGACGACAGCAAAUACGACCGCAUGUAUCUGUGAGCCACAGAUCGGCGAUGCGAGGGAACAAAUGCAAGGAUCCCAGGG